AUGGCAGUCCUGAUGCAAGAUCGCAUAGUACGGACAGCAACAGGAAGCAUGAUGAGUGCUCCCCCUGCACCCAGUGACUCCAAUGCCAGCUGUAUCACUGCUCUGAGCUCCUGCACAGCGGCUGCUUACAUGUCCAGGAAACAGUACUUCACCCAGACUGGGAGAUACGAUGGUAGAACAGUGGCCAUAAAGAAAAUAUUGAAGAAGGCAUUCACACUGUCCAAAUCCAUACGUAAAGAAGUAAAGCAAGUGAGGGAACUUGACCAUCCCAAUCUCUGCAAAUUCAUUGGAGGCUGUAUAGAAGUGCCAAACGUUGCCAUCGUGACAGAGUACUGCCCCAAAGGCAGCCUGAGUGAUGUUCUGCUCAAUGAAGACAUUCCUUUGAAUUGGGGCUUCAGGUUUUCUUUUGCUACUGAUAUUGCGCAAGGAAUGGCCUAUCUUCACCACCACAAAAUGUAUCAUGGACGGUUGAAGUCUAGUAACUGUGUGAUAGAUGACCGAUGGGUUUGUAAAAUUGCAGAUUAUGGUUUGCAGUCAUACAGAAAAGAAGAUUCUCCUGAGGGGUCAAGCUCAUACCAGCAGAAUUUGAUACAGAUUUACACAGCUCCUGAAAUCCAUUCCCUUUCAGACUUUGAACCCAAUUCUAUGAUAGACGUCUACAGCUAUGCCAUCAUUUUACUAGAAAUUGCCACAAGAAGUGACCCUAUGCCAAAAGAUGAUGUGCAUUCAGCUGAAUAUUCUUGGUGCCCACCUUUGGCAGAAUUAAUUUCUGGAAAGGCUGAGAAUUCUUGCCCAUGUCCCACAGAUUACAUAGACGUGAGUAAGAGACACUAUUGUGUACAAAAAUUCUUUAUUGAAGUGAAUUUAAGACAUGUCAAAGAAGUUUUAUGGUGCAGAAAAAAUAAUCCAGCCCAAAGGCCUACAUUUGAACAAGUCAAGAAAAUGUUAUACAAGAUGAAUCCUAAUAAAGUUAGCCCUGUUGACAUGAUGAUGACUCUGAUGGAGAAAUAUAGCAAACAUUUGGAGAUACUGGUUUCUGAGAGAACACAGGAUUUAAUGCAUGAAAAACAGAAGACUGAUCGUCUGUUGUAUAGUAUGUUGCCGAAGCAAGUAGCAGAUGACCUCAGGCAGGGAAAACAUGCACAAGCUCAAAGUUACUUAAGUGCCACCAUCUUUUUCAGUGACAUUGUUGGCUUCACUCAGCUGUCCAGCAGCAGCACACCUUACCAAGUGGUAGAUCUCUUGAACAAGCUUUAUACCACUUUUGAUGAAAUCAUAGAUAACUAUGAUGUCUAUAAGGUGGAGACAAUAGGAGAUGCCUAUAUGGUGGUGUCAGGAGUACCCAAAGAGAAUGGGAUCCUUCAUGCCGGUGAGAUCGCAAGCAUGGCUUUAGACCUUCUGGACGUCUGCAAGACUUUUAAGAUCCCACACAAGCCCAACACCCUCCUAAAGAUAAGAGCAGGAAUCCAUUCAGGGGCAGUUGUAGCUGGAGUUGUUGGGACCAAAAUGCCACGGUAUUGUUUAUUUGGAGAUACUGUGAACACAGCUUCCAGGAUGGAAUCUACCAGUGAAGCUCUUAAAAUACAGUGCAGUUCAAGUGCAUACCAGCUGUUGGAGCAGAUUGGAGAGUAUGUGUUAGUAUGCCGUGGGAAUUUGCAAGUCAAGGGGAAAGGGGACAUGGUAACAUACUGGCUUGAAGGUAAGAAAGCCUCUGCCACCCAGAAGGCAGUCACCAGCACUUCUGUGACUCUUCAAGACCCCAACAGAGCUUCGUUUAGUUUGAUACCAGGUGUCCUUCCCAGUGAUCCUCUCUCAAGUCCUGCUUACUAG